AUGAAUAUGUUGGAUGAUGAAGAUGACCAAAGCUUUCACGCUACGCGUGACGGCUACUCCCAUUUGAGCGAUGUCGAAUGGGAUGCGGUUGAACGAAUGGGUUCGACCAUGGGCAUCCAUGCUGUUAGCGUCAUGCUAGAGGCUCUCAAUAGAGAUGCCCAACAUGCUACUAUCGCCAAGUUCAUUCAAAAUGAACUUGACGCAGAACGCGAGAAAGUAGCCUUGCUUCACCAACAAGGUUCUCAACAAGCAGAGUUGUUGAGAGAACAAGGUGCUCAACAGUUUGAACUGUUGAGACAGCAGCAGGCUGCUGCUGGCGGGUCGAUGCACUCGCGUCGGCCCGAGACUUUGAAGAUUGACAUCUCAAAGUAUAGGGGGGUCGAAGAAGACUCCCUCUUGAGAUGGUUCGUCGAAUUGGAUGACGCCAUAAGGGCGCGUCGCAUCGACGACGGGGAUAUGCAAGUUGCAUUUGCCCAGUCAAAUCUGGCAGGACGUGCCAAGACUUGGGCACUGGGGGCUCAAGCUGCACGACCCAUAUGCGUUUGGGUCGUUGGAAGUCUUCAAGUCGCGGCUCAGACAAACGUUUGA